ACUGAGGCCAAAUGGGAAAGGGCCGGAACACCUGUUGAUUAAGGAUGGGCUCUCAGCCUGUUCUCCUCCCUCUCCCCGCUUCCCCUACACCCCCACUUCAGGGUCGGGUUGUGGGGUCUGGAGUCUGGUCUCCCCCCCACUCCUCUCCCCUCCCCUUCACAAUGACGGUGCGGGCUGCCGCCCAGGAACCUGACGCCAACGAUGAAUAAAUGAUGCCCGGGGUGGCCAGAGCUCGCCGCCAAGGUCCCCAAGCGCCGGCUGUCCGGGGGGCGGUCACCGGGCAUCUCCGCGCUGCCACUCGCUCCCGGAUCUGCAGCGGAGCUCGCGCGGCGGGAGGAGAUGGCGGGGCGGCGGCGGCGAGGCGCGGGGCCCCUCUGGGCGAUGGGCGGCGCCGCGCUGGGCUUUUGCCUCUCGGGGGUCGCCGGGCAGCUGGUGGAGCCUAGCACGGCACCCCCCAAGCCCAAACCACCCCCACUGACCAAGGAGACGGUGGUGUUCUGGGACAUGCGCCUGUGGCACGUGGUGGGCAUCUUUUCACUCUUCGUACUGUGCAUCAUUAUCACCUUGUGCUGUGUCUUCAAUUGCCGCGUACCACGGACCCGGAAGGAGAUUGAAGCCAGGUACCUGCAGCGAAAGGCAGCCAAGAUGUACACGGACAAGCUGGAGACUGUGCCACCCCUCAAUGAGCUCACAGAAAUCCCUGGAGAGGAGAAGAAAAAGAAGAAGAAGGACAGUGUGGACACAGUGGCCAUCAAGGUCGAGGAGGACGAGAAGAAAGAGGCCAAGAAGAAGAAAGGAGAGAAAUGAGGAGGGUAUCCUGGCAGGCCCUGGAGCGCAUGCCCAAGUCAGGACCCAUGCAUCUUAAAACGCGGAGCUCAUACAUGGACCACAGAGUCUGUAAUCAGAUGGGGAAGCCGAGGUCAUGGCCACAUUCUCAUGGCCCAACAGGAGCAGGGACGAGACUACACAGGUGUGGGGUCUCCCAUCCUGCAGUCCCCUCCUUUUUCCCCAUGCACACGGGCACUCUCAGUGGGCUACUGUCCUGCAGAUGCAGAGUGGCCUCACUGUUCUCUUUACCUAGAUUGGCCUUUGUCCCACCCUUUCUGCCAGGGGUAGCUGUGGCUAUGAAGAAGUAAAGGGACAUGAGGUAUAUUUCCAGGAGGGGAUAGCUGAACUGAAUGGGUUGGGGAGUGGCUGACUGAGGACAGGGGGUGGCACUACUGGGGGAGGUGCAGAGCCAGGCAGCAGCCUCGGGGCAAGCAAACUGCCCCAAGCCUGGUAGGGUUCUGACCUGGGGGACUUAGGUGGCCCGGAAGCAGAACCACCCCAGCCCAGCAGAUACCAAGCUCAGGACCAUGGGAUCCACUGGUUUUCCACGUGAUGGAAAUGAGGCUGUUAAGAGGCUCCGUGAAGCCCAGGGGUUCAGCCCCCUCCAGGCUGGGGACUGCAGGGUGGGACAGAGAUGCAGGGGGCUGAGGCCAAUGGGCCAGAGAUCAGGGAAGAAAGCUGGGGCCUCAGCCUAGGGAACCAGGGAACAUGGGAGAAGACAAAGUGGACACUAAGCUAUUGUGGGACCUCUUCUUUGCCUAUCCAUGGUAGGAGGUUUUGGGGCCCCAGGCAAUCACAAGAGGGUUACAACCAGUAUUCCACCUGCUGAGUAGAACAGCACCCAGCCUCUUCUUUGACCUCGCCCCACCACUAGAGGAAACAUCUCUGACCAGAACACAAGGACCCAAACACCACCUGAGGACUAACUCCUUGGGAAGAGGAGGCAUAGAUGGCAGCAAACAUCAGACUGAGGCUCUCAGAGCUGACCUUGGAAACUAAGGAGACACCCGAGGAGGUUUUGGAGCUGGGCAGCCUGCUGAAAAAGCAGACAGCAACAAUCUGUAAAUAAAGCUAAGCGCCUUCUCAGGUGCAGGCAUGG